AUGGAUCGGAAUACUUCAACUAGCAGCGACAAAACACUUGCUGCUCAGGAGGAGGUGAAACCUCGAUCAGAAUCCAAUUCCGCAGGUACCAGCGCUUCUUCUCAACCAGACAGAAAGGAUGAUUCCGCUGCGAAUCACAGUGCUUCAAAUGAAUCUGAAAAUGAUCGAAAUGACACCCAGCUCAGUGAUACAGUACUUAGUCGUACGCUCACCCAAAGGAAAAGUCAUGCAUCGGGUUACGGCGAAGAAUGGUCACAGAUAGAAAAGUUGAUUUCACGAAUGUUCGGCCAUGAACGGAAGGCCAGUUCUGAAGAAGAAAAGACACGACACGCAGGGGUAGUCUGGAAAAACUUGACAGUGAAAGGAUUGGGUCUUGGAGCUGCCCUCCAGCCGACCAAUGGUGAUAUCUUUCUUGCCAUACCGCGGCUUAUCAAGAAGCUGUUCACCCGUGGCAGGAAGGGUGCUGGGUUAGGGAAAGCUGGAAUUCGAACUAUCUUGGAUGACUUCACAGGCUGUGUUCGUCCUGGAGAAAUGCUCCUUGUUCUUGGUCGGCCUGGCUCGGGAUGUUCUACCUUCUUGAAAGUCAUUGGUAACCAACGAUAUGGAUAUGAAAGCAUUGAUGGUGAUGUCCUAUACGGGGGCACAGACUCAGAUACUAUGGGGAAAAAUUAUCGUUCCGAAGUUUCCUAUAAUCCGGAGGAUGAUCUCCACUAUGCUACAUUAACUGUGCGAGAAACUCUGCUAUUUGCACUCAAAACUCGCACUCCAGAUAAAGAGUCUCGGAUUCCUGGCGAAAGCCGAAAAGAUUAUCAGCAAACCUUUUUGUCCGCAAUUGCCAAAUUGUUCUGGAUUGAACAUGCCAUGGGAACCAGAGUUGGAAAUGAACUCAUUCGAGGAAUUUCAGGAGGAGAGAAGAAGCGUGUCUCAAUCGGGGAGGCUAUGGUUACCAAGGCCAGUACCCAAUGCUGGGAUAACUCCACGAGAGGACUCGAUGCGAGUACUGCAUUGGAAUAUGUGCAAAGUUUACGAAGCUUAACCAACACCGCCAACGUUGCUACCUUAGUCGCCCUUUAUCAGGCUUCUGAAAAUUUGUUUAACCUUUUCGACAAAGUUGUGCUUAUCGAAGAUGGAAAAUGCGCCUUCUUUGGCCGCUCAGAUGAUGCAAAGUCCUACUUCGAGCAACUGGGAUUUGAAUGCCCGCCACGGUGGACAACACCGGACUUUCUAACAUCAGUGAGCGAUCCAAAUGCAAGACGUGUCAGACCUGGAUGGGAAAAUCGGAUUCCUCGAACGGCAGAAGAGUUUCAGGCUAUAUACCGACAAAGUAACAUCGCCAAGGCCACAGUCGCGGACAUUCACGAUUUUGAGAGCGAAUUGAAAGCCAACGAACACGAAAAGGAAAUUUCGAGACAGAAUGUGAAGACAAAAAACUAUACAGUUUCGUUUUGGAAACAGGUGAUGAUCCUCACCCACCGUCAAUUCCUCGUGAUGUUUGGAGAUCGAGCAGCUCUGGCUGGCAAAUGGGGAGUUAUCACUUUCCAGGCCCUAAUUGUGGGCAGUUUGUUUUUUAAUCUGCCUAAUACAAGCUCUGGGGUUUUUACCCGAGGAGGCGUUAUGUUCUUCAUCCUCCUGUUCAACGCUCUGCUAGCACUUGCAGAACUUACGGCUGCUUUUCACAGCAGACCAAUUUUAAUGAAGCAUAAAAGCUUUUCCUUUUACCGCCCAGCAGCAUACGCCCUGGCGCAAGUCGUUGUGGAUGUUCCACUGGUGUUUAUCCAGGUUGUCAUCUUCGACGUAGUAGUAUACUUCAUGGCGAAUCUUGCUCGAACACCCUCUCAGUUUUUCAUCAAUCUGCUGUUCAUUUUCAUACUUACCAUGACAAUGUAUUCUUUCUUCCGUGCCCUAGGGGCGCUCUGUGGUUCAUUGGAUAUUGCUACUCGAAUUACUGGCGUCGCCAUUCAAGCAUUGAUCGUGUAUACAGGCUAUUUGAUUCCGCCAUGGAAGAUGCAUCCGUGGCUCAAAUGGCUUAUUUGGAUUAACCCAGUCCAAUACGCCUUUGAAGCCAUGAUGGCGAACGAGUUCUAUAAUUUUGACAUCAUAUGCGAAGCUCCCUAUAUUGUUCCUUCUGGACCAACGGCGAGCACUGGACAUCAAGGCUGUACAAUUCAAGGUAGUUCUCCCAACCAAUUAACGGUCCAGGGAUCCGACUACAUCGAGGCAGCCUACACAUACUCCCGAGCCCAUCUGUGGAGGAAUUUUGGCAUUAUUGUUGCUUGGUUUCUUCUCUUUGUCUUUUUAACUAUGCUUGGAAUGGAAAUUCAGAAGCCCAAUAAAGGUGGAAGCUCGGUAACGAUUUUCAAAAGAGGCCAGGCUCCCAAAGCAGUUGAAGAUGCUAUCGAGAAUUCAGGCCGAGCAUCGGAUGUGGAGUCCGCUGAAAAGGAGGUACCAGCAAAUCUGACUAAUGAGGAUGAUGAUGAAAAAGUGCAACAUAUCGCCAAAAAUACAUCGAUCUUCACAUGGCAGGAUGUGAACUAUACAAUACCUUACAAACGUGGACAACGCAAGUUAUUGCAGAAUGUGAGCGGUUAUGUCAAGCCUGGUCGACUCACAGCAUUGAUGGGCGCAUCGGGUGCAGGAAAAACCACCCUUCUCAAUGCACUCGCCCAGCGCAUCAAUUUUGGCGUGGUGACCGGCAGUUUUUUGGUUGAUGGGAAUCCCCUUCCGAGAAGCUUCCAACGCGCGACUGGCUUCGCUGAGCAAAUGGACAUACACGAACCGACAGCCACAGUACGCGAAUCACUAAGGUUCUCCGCUCUUUUACGACAGCCCAAAGAGGUUCCACUCAAAGAAAAAUAUGAAUACUGCGAAAAAGUGAUUGAUUUACUAGAGAUGCGAUCUAUGGCUGGUGCCACAGUCGGAUCUCCCGGCUCAGGUUUGACUCAAGAGCAGCGCAAGAGACUUACCAUUGGGGUGGAGCUGGCCAGUAAACCUGAGCUGCUACUGUUUCUCGAUGAACCUACAUCAGGGCUUGAUUCAUUGGCAGCAUUCAAUAUUGUUCGUUUUCUUCGAAAGCUGGCAGAUGCCGGUCAAGCUAUUCUUUGCACGAUUCACCAACCCUCGGCUGUCCUUUUUGAGGAGUUUGAUGAAUUGCUUCUGCUCCAGAGUGGCGGGCGGGUCGUCUACAAUGGUGCCCUGGGGUCAGACUCGAGGACCUUGAUUGACUAUUUUGAACGAAAUGGUGCAAGUAAAUGCUCGCCACAUGCAAAUCCAGCAGAGUACAUGCUCGAAGUCAUUGGAGCGGGAAACCCGGAGUACAAAGGUCAAGAUUGGGGUGAUACAUGGGCUUCCUCACCAGAGAGCAAAAGUCUCUCCACAGAGCUGGAGGAUAUUAUUCGCGCUCGUCGCGGAACGGAAAGCGAGAGCACCAAGGAUGACCGCGAAUAUGCCAUGCCCUUGCAUACCCAGAUCCUGGCUGUGACCAGGAGAGCUUUCGUAGCCUACUGGAGACUCCCGGACUAUAUCCUGGGCAAAUUCUUGCUUCACAUCUUCACUGGUCUUUUUAACACCUUCACGUUCUGGCACCUAGGCAAUAGCUACAUCGACAUGCAAUCGAGACUCUUCUCUGUCUUCAUGACACUCACAAUCUCACCACCACUAAUUCAGCAGCUUCAGCCACGCUACCUUCAUGCUCGCGGUCUUUAUGAGUCUCGCGAGUCAAACUCGAAGAUUUACUCCUGGACUGCUUUUGUUGUGAGCACAAUUCUACCCGAGCUGCCAUAUUCAAUUGUGGCAGGAUCCGUCUAUUUCAAUUGCUGGUAUUGGGGAGUGUGGUUCCCGCGUGACUCUUUCACCUCUGGUUAUACUUGGAUGAUGCUCAUGCUGUUUGAAUGCUUCUAUGUUGGCUUUGGGCAGUUCAUCGCAGCCUUUGCACCGAAUGAGCUAUUUGCCUCAUUGCUAGUGCCCACAUUCUUUACUUUCGUCGUCUCAUUUUGCGGCGUCAUUGUCCCAUAUGUCGCGCUACCCCACUUCUGGCAAUCCUGGAUGUACUGGCUUACCCCAUUCCAUUACCUUCUGGAAGGAUUCCUCGGUGUGGUAGUUCACAAUGUUCCUGUUCAUUGUGUUGAGCGAGAAGAAGCCCACUUCAGUCCACCGUCUGGACUGACCUGCCAGGAAUACGCAGGGAGUUAUGCCCAGACAGCUGGAGGUUAUGUCACUGACGCUGGAAAUGGAAUGUGUGCUUACUGUCAAUACGCUACAGGAGACCAAUUUGCCGCUGGCUUCAAUGUCUUCUAUUCACACAAGUGGCGGAAUUAUGGGAUAUUCUGGGCCUAUGUGAUCUUCAAUUUUGCGGUGGUCUUCCUAUUCUCCUGGUUGUAUCUCCACGGAGUUCGGGAUAUGAAACGGUGGUUUAGUGCACGCAAGACAAGGAAAGUAUCGGCUGUUUAA